CUCACUUUUACUGUAGCGGCGAUAGCUAGGUUACUUAGUAAACACAAGAGCAACAGUAUGAGUUGAAAACUCACUCAAUGUUGUGACAGUAGUUUCCGCACUGGAAUUAAAUUACAGAGGAUUUCAAAGCAACCCAAACUUUGUGGUGUAUAGGUGGUUAGCAGUCAGCCAUGGAUACCACCACCUCCCUGAAGAUGACGUCUCUGGCCGUCCAGAGUCUGUUCAGCUACGUGGAGGAGGAGAACCUGGCUGCUGUCAAGGCCCAUUUGGACAAAUUCAAAGAGGUGGACAGUAGGGGUGAUAAUGGACUGACUCCCCUGAUGGUGGCAGCAGAGCAGGGCAGUCUGGAGAUUGUGCGAGAGCUCAUUAGGAGAGGAGCCAAUGUUAACUUGGAUGAUGUGGACUGCUGGACGGCGUUGAUCUCUGCCGCCAAGGAGGGACACAUCGAUGUGGUGAGGGAACUGCUGGAGAACAAUGCCAACCUGGAACACCGAGACAUGGGAGGGUGGAGUGCUCUCAUGUGGGCAGCAUAUAAAGGUCGUACCACCGUGGCCCACCUGCUGUUGGAGAAAGGAGCUAAUCCCAACAUCACUGGUCAGUACAGCGUCUACCCUAUUAUCUGGGCAGCAGGUCGAGGCCACGGCGAGAUCGUCCAUCUCCUGCUGCAGCACGGGGCCAAGGUCAACUGCUCGGACAAGUAUGGCACCACUCCUCUGAUCUGGGCAGCCAGGAAGGGCCACUAUGACUGUGUAAUGCACCUGCUGGCCAAUGGAGCUGAUGUUGACCAAGAAGGAGCGAACUCAAUGACAGCUCUGAUCGUGGCGGUGAAGGGCGGCUUCACCGAGGUCGUUAAGGAGCUGCUGAAGAGGAACCCAAAUGUUAACAUGACAGACAAGGAUGGCAACACGGCCCUGGCCAUCGCCGCCAAGGAGGGACAUACUGAGAUCGUGCAGGACCUUCUAGACGCCGGCACCUACGUCAACAUACCUGACAGGAGUGGGGAGACAGUGCUGAUCGGAGCAGUGAGAGGAGGUCAUGUGGAGAUAGUCAGAGCCCUGCUGAACAAAUACGCUGAUAUUGACGUCAGGGGCCAGGAUGGAAAGACUGCCCUCUACUGGGCUGUGGAGAAGGGCAACGCCACCAUGGUGAGAGACAUCCUGCAGUGCAACCCAGACACUGAGAGCUGCACCAAGGAGGCAGAGACUCCGCUUAUCAAAGCCACCAAGAUGAGAAACAUAGAGAUUGUGGAGCUGCUGCUGGAUAAAGGGGCCAAGGUGUCGGCUGUAGACAAGAAAGGAGACACGCCGCUUCAUAUUGCUAUCCGAGGGAGAAGCCGCAAGUUGGCCGAGCUGCUGCUGAGGAACCCUAAAGAUGGCCGUCUGCUAUACCGCCCCAACAAGGCUGGAGAGACACCGUACAACAUCGACUGCACCCACCAGAAAAGCAUCCUCACUCAGAUAUUUGGAGCCAAGCACCUAUCUCCAACUGAGUCAGAUGGAGACAUGUUGGGUUAUGACCUGUAUAGCAGCGCCCUGGCAGACAUUCUAAGUGAGCCCACCAUGCAGCCGCCCAUCUGUGUUGGUCUGUAUGCCCAGUGGGGAAGCGGCAAGUCUUUCCUUCUUAAGAAACUGGAGGAUGAGAUGAAGACGUUUGCAGGCCAACAGAUAGAGCCGCUGUUCCAGUUCUCCUGGCUGGUUGUCUUCCUCACCCUGCUGCUGUGUGGCUCCGUGGCCCUUGUCCUUGGCUUCUCUGUCGACCACAAGCUGGCCAUUGCUGUCUCCCUCAGCCUCCUCGCCUUGCUCUACAUCUUCUUUGUAUUGGUGUAUUUUGGAAGUCGUCGUGAAGGGGAGAGCUGGAACUGGGCCUGGGUCAUCAGUACCCGUCUGGCUCGCCAGGUGGGCUACCUGGAGCUGCUGCUCAAACUGAUGUUUGUCAACCCUCCUGAGCUUCCUGAGCAGACCACCCGUGCCCUGCCUGUCAGGUUCCUGUUCACGGAUUACAACCGUCUGUCCAGUGUCGGCGGGGAAACCUCCAUGGCAGAGAUGAUCGCCACCCUCUCGGAUGCCUGUGAGAGGGAGUUUGGCUUCAUGGCCACCAGGCUUUUCAGGGUGUUCAAGAAUGACGAGAUCCAAGGUAAGAAGUGGAAGAAAACAUGUUGUGUGCCGUCCUUUGUGCUGUUCGCCCUGACGCUAGGCUGCCUGAUCACUGGGAUGGCCCUGCUGGCUAUCUUCAAGGUGAACCCUGAGAACUUGACGUUAAAUGCGGUCCUUAUAGCCAUGGCCAGCGUGGUGGGCCUGGCCUUACUGCUCAACUGUAGGACCUGGUGGCAGGUGGCCGACUCCGUCCUCAACUCCCAGAGGAAACGCCUCCACAGUGCUGCCAACAACCUGCACAAACUCAAGAGUGAAGGAUUUAUGAAGGUUCUGAAGCAUGAAGUGGAGCUAAUGUCGAAGAUGGCAAAGACCAUCGAUGGCUUCACCCAGAACCAGACACGCAUGGCUGUCAUCAUCGACGGGCUGGAUGCCUGUGAACAGGACAAAGUGCUGCAGAUGCUGGACACGGUGAGGGUGCUGUUCUCCAAAGGCCCAUUUAUUUCCAUCUUUGCCAGUGAUCCACACAUCAUCAUCAAAGCCAUAAACCAGAACCUCAACAGUGUGCUGAGAGACUCCAACAUCAACGGCCACGACUACAUGAGGAACAUCGUCCACCUGCCUGUCUUCCUCAACAGCCGGGGCUUCAGUUCGGCCAAGAAACUCUGUAUGGCAGCACCCACCAACGGAGACCUGUUGCCUGCUGAGGGAUGGCAUGAGGACAUGGAUAGGAAGAUGUCCCAGAACAGCCUGGGUCUGGGAGAUCAGGCUAAGUUUGGCAGCAAGAACGCCCUCAACCGCAGGGACACGUACCGGCGUCGCCAGAUGCAGAGGACCAUCACCAGGCAGAUGUCCUUCGACCUGACUAAACUGCUGGUGACUGAGGACUGGUUCAGUGACAUCAGCCCACAGACCAUGAGGAGGCUGCUCAACAUCAUCUCUGUCACUGGUCGUUUGUUGCGGGCCAAUCAGAUCGUCUUCAACUGGGACCGGCUAGCGUCAUGGAUCAACCUGACGGAGGAGUGGCCUUACAGGACGUCCUGGCUCAUCCUCUUCCUGGAAGAGACUGAUGGAGUCUCUGAUCAGGUCACCCUCAAGGCCAUCUAUGAAAGAAUCUCCAAGAGCAUCCCCACCACCAAGGAUGUGGAGCCGCUGCUGGAGAUUGAUGGAGACAUCCGCAGCUUCGAGGUGUUCCUGUCCUCCAGGACCCCUGUCCUCACCGCCCGAGAUGUGGAGAUGUUCCUGCCCUGCACUGUCAACCUGGACCCCAAACUCAGGGAGAUCAUUGCAGAUGUGCGUGCGGCCAGGGAGCAGAUGCACAUGGGAGGAGUGACCUAUCCCACGCUGCCCCUGCAGGAGGCCGUGCCCCGUCCCCCGUCAGGUUACAGCCAGCAUUCUGUGGCCUGCUCCCCGACGGGCUCCUUCACCGGCUCCAUGCCCCCGCAGCCUCACAGCUCCUACUUCAGCGGCAUGACCGGCCCUCAGCACCCCUUCUACAAUCGGCCUUAUUUCCCCCAUCAUGUGUAUCACCUGCCGAGGCAUUACACCCACCAUGUCCCCUCAUCCCUCCGUCCCUCCAUUAAACCACCCGGCCCAUCUAAGGACAACACCAAUGGACUUAUGUUUAAGUUGCUGCCUUGCAAACAAAAGCAGGUCUCUGGGGCCCCUGUGGUGCUGCUCAGCUCUCUGAACACAGAUGCAGUGUGUGAGCGUGUCAAACAGAUAGAUGGGAUAGACCCCAACAUGCUGCCUCAGUACACCUCCAUCAUCAAGAAGGCCAAUGUAAACGGCCGGGUGCUGUCCCAGUGCAAUCUGGAUGAGCUGAAGAAAGAGAUGGAGAUGAACUUUGGAGACUGGCAGCUCUUCAGGGCAAUGGUGAUGGAGCAGCGCAAUGCUGAAAGCCAGGCUCUGCUUCAGGACGAGUCCAGAGCUGCCAGUGAGCAGGGUAGCAGUGUUCACCAUGGGGAGCCCAGCAGACGCUCAGGAGGAGCCCAGCAUGAUGUGGGGGGCUUCAGCCUCAACCUCAGCUUCGAGGAGCUCAGUGGAGCUGGGCUGGAGGAGCCUCCGAGGCACAGCAGCAACCCACACUGGCCGGUGGCAAAUCACCGUACCUCUAGCAUGUCCAGCCUCAACUCCCAGGAAUCUUCCAAUGACAUCUGCAAGCUGACAGACAAGCAGCAGGCAGAGUACCGUGAUGCCUACAGGGAGUACAUCUCUCAGAUGGCCCAGCUGGAGAUGUCCGGCAGUGGGGGAGAGAGGCCUGUCCAGCCCCACCCGGGACAGUUCCUUCAAACGACCGGCUCAGAGGACAAAGGGGCCAAAGAAGGGGCUGACCAAGACAGCCGCAAGUCCUUCACCAAGAGAGGCUCCAAGCCUAGCGAUGCCACAGACUUUCCAUCAGGGGCUGAUGCCCAGCCCCUGGACCCCAUCAGCGAAGAGGAUGAGAAGCUGGACCACAGCACCUCGUCCAGGACUCUGGGCUUCAGAGUGAAGGGAACAGUGUCAGGCUACCAGAAGCUGCCUAGCGAUGAAGACUCAGGCCCAGAGGAAGCUGACAACACCACCCCUCUCCUCCACAAGGAAGCUAGAGCCAGCGCUCUGUCUGUCCACACAGCCUCCCAGCCCACUGGGCUGCUUACCAAGCCUGGCUUCCUCAGCGAAAUCCUCCUGGAUAAGAAGGACUCGUCCGACUCAGGGAUGCGGUCCAGCGACAGCUCCUCAGAUCGGUCCCUUGAGGAGGCUGAAGGAGAAGCCGAUAGAGGCAGGGAGAAAGAAGCAGAAGCGGCAAAACCUAGUCUGAUUGAGCUAGAGCUAGAGGGCCUGGUGAAGAAGAGAGGCCUCCUCCCCAGCAGUCUGAGUGGCCUGCAGGACUCGACAGUGGCCCGCAUGUCCAUCUGCUCCGAGGCUCCGUCCGAGGCCAGCCUGAUGGCCAGCAGCCCAGAUGAGGGGUGGUCAUCCAGCGGGAUUAGCAACCUCAACCGCACCGCCAGCAACACCACCCUCAACAACAACACAAGCAGCCCCAACAGCAAUGCCACCAACACUAACACCAACAACAGCCACCAGCAGCAGGAUACCAUCACAGGCUCUGAGUCCACCUUCACCGCCUCCAGCCUCAGCGUCUCACCACCUGUCAUCAUCAGCCCCGGCAGCACCAACACCACCACUGCCACCGUCCACCACAACCAGAACCUGCGCACCAUCAGUCUGGGAGAUGAGAGGGAGAGUGUGCUGUGAGGAUCCCCAGGUGGGCAUCAUGCUGAGAAGGGUCAUAUAGCUGGUUUAGGUACACUGUCUGUUCAGACAUUGUGUUGAUUGUUGUUGUUGUGGUUGUGGUGGUGUGUUAUUUAAUACAGGUCAAGUAGCUGUUCCAAAGAAUUAGAUUAGUUGUCAGUGUUCUGCUGUUACGAAGAAAAUGUAGGAAAUGUUGCUGUGAAUUAAGGAUAAUUACCCAUUACUUUCAGUCAUAGGAAAAGCUUUCGUUAUUUGAGUAGUGGAAAAAAAUGGUUUAUUUAAGAAGGCACAAAUCGAAGUUCAUAGUUAAAAGUCCAUAAUUCAUAAAUAAAUUUGCAAGUUGAUGAUGCCAUAAUUUUUUUAAACCAAAUUGGAAUUGCUGUACUUCAGCAGGCUACUUUAAAUUGUUACAGUACAUGGCCUUUUGUUGUCACAUUUUUUGGAUAGUCCCAUGUAGGGAUAGUUACAGUGGUAGACUGUGUUGUGAUUUUUCACAUGUGAAUGUUGUGUUGAAAUGUGGCCAUAGCGUGUUUCGUGAUGGAAUGUUAAGUGUUGUGGACUUGAAAUGUUAGAGAAUUUAAAAAAGAAGAAGAAGAAAUUAAAAAAAUGUGUAAUCCUAACUGAAAAAGCUUUGACAUGUUAUUGAAGCCUGUGCUCUUGAAAGCUUAAUGUGGUGUGCCGUAUUUGAUAGUAGGAAGAUUUGGAAUGGCAGUGUAGACAGUGGUGCUGUGUCAGAUGAGCUGUUUUUGCAUGCAGACGUCUUCAGAGUUGUGAUUGACUUUUACCACUUGUGAUUCUGUGAUUUGUGAAUCAAUAAACAUUUUGACCUUGUUGACCCUUGA